AUGGGACCAGAGAUGAUGCAACAAACUACCGAUAAAGUUAAGAUGAUUCGGCAAAGAAUGAAAGUUUCCCAAGAUCUCCAAAAGAGCCAUGCAGACAGGCGUCGUAGGCCUUUGGAGUUUGAGGAAGGAGAACAUGUAUUUCUUCGAGUCACCCCAACCACCGGUGUAUGUAGGGCUUUAAAGGCGAGAAAACUGACCCCCAAAUUUAUUGGACCAUACCAAAUCACAGAGAGGAUUGGGAAAGUUGCAUACAAAAUUGCACUACCACCGGUACUAUCGAAAAUUCAUGAUGUGUUCCAUGUAUCUCAAUUAAGGAAAUAUGUUCCAGAUCCCUCGCAUGUGAUCACAUCCGAUGACAUCCAGUUGAAGGAAAACUUGUCAUUUGAGGUACCCCCGCUAAAAAUCGGAGAUAAGAAGAUAAAGCGCCUCAGAAACAAGGAGAUACUACUAGUUAAGGUAAUUUGGAACGAAGCCACGGGAGAUGCAACUUGGGAACUAGAAAGCAUGACAAAGGAACAAUAUCCAGAGCUCUUCAACACCGUCUAA